AUGGGCACAAAACGAGGACACUCCGAGUUUGACUCGGAAGGCGCACAGCUGGACGAUCAACGCAGCAAUUCCCCGGGCUCGGAAAACGGGCAGCACGACAACAAGAGAUUCAAGGCCACCAGGAAGAAGCACAGGGCGAAGGAGGGCACGACGAACUGGAACAAGACCCGCGCAAGAGCCAUCAGGAGACUUCUGCAGAGCGGCAAGGAGCUGCCCGCCACGAAGCGCAAUGAACUGGAACAGGAGCUGGAGGCGCUGCAGGAGAGGGUCGAGGAGCACGACUUCAAGAAGAGGCGGAGCAACAUGAUCCAGAAGUACCACAUGGUUCGGUUCUUUGAACGGAAAAAGGCAGAGAGACUCCUGAAGCAACUGCGCAAGAAGCUCCACCAAACCGAAGACCCCGAAGAGAAGAAGCGCCUCGAGGCCGAGGCCCACGUAGCCGAAGUCGAUGUCGCUUACGCCCGCUUCUUCCCUCUGAUGGAACGCUACGAGAGACAAGAACGCCGAGGAGGGGGGCAGAAGGAGGAGGAGGAAGAGGACAAGCCCGAGGCCGACGCAAAGCCGUUCAAGCAGCCCAAAGCCCUGCGGGCGCUCCACGCCGAACGGCCAAAGAUGUGGGCCACCGUCGAGAGGGUCCUGCCAGAGGGCGAAGCGGCGCUGUACAGGCUGCGCGACCGCAAGUCGCCGGCGGACGCGGCUCCGCACCAGAGACAGCCUCUGCCGCAGCGGAAGCAGCGGCCGGAGCGGGUCAAGGAGGAGGACCCGUGGCUGGCGCGGUCAAAGAAGACGUGGAACGACGCGAAGACGAAGGAUCCCAAGCAGCCGAUGAACAGAAGGGAGCGCAGAGCGCAGGAGAGGAAGGCCCCGAUGAAGGUGGACGAAGAGGACGAUGGCACGGGCUUCUUUGAGUAA